GACUGGACUCCGGAGCGGAGACGGAGCGCUUGUCGAGAGCCCGGCCAAUUUCCAGAGCCUCAGGGGAGGAGGAGGAGGAGGAGGAGCUUGAGGGAUCCAUCUGCAGAAUCUGCCUCAAUCCUCGUCGGCCCGAUCGCUCCCUUCGCCCCCGUUGUCAAUUGCGCCCUUCCUGGCGGCCCUCGGAGCUUCGGACAAUGGCGUUCGUGCGGAAGUGCAUCUUGGGGUCUUCUUCAUGAUUCUUCACUGCUACUUUUGGGAGCCGGGAGGGGAAGAGGAUGGCAGUUUUACUUCAAAACAUGGAUGAUGGAGCAAGGUACUUAUCCGAGCGAGGAAGAAAGGGCCACAAAGGCAACAGACGAUGGUAAUCGGGAGGCCUGAUGGCCUGGCAGUGGCGAGUAUUUUAGAGCUGGUUUGAAAAGCGACUGCAGAUGCUGGAGUGUUUCAUAAAAUCAUUUACUGGACAGCACACCUCGUGAAGUUCAAUCUACUUAGAGAUUCAGGAAAGAGGGUUUUGAAACUGAUAAUAGAUUUGGAGUGGCCAGAAUUCUACUAUGAAUUCUGUACUUCAGGAAAUGGUAACAUUGGUGGCGGCGGGUCGGCCUUUACAUCCCAUACUGCCUCGCCCUUCAUCCUGCAACAAAUCAAUCUGGUGCAAUUGUGACAAGAAAAUGAGUAACGGAUGGGUUGCCGCUUCCUUACUUGACUGCAACGCCUGGAACUCCUCGCCAUCUCCGUUGAUUGAUUACAGCGUGCCCUUGCCUCGCUCCCACUACAUUCAAGUUCCCCACGUGCGACAGAUGUGCGAUUGGGAUUGUGGACUGGCAUGUGUGCUGAUGGUCCUGAGAGCUUUGAGAGUUGAUGGUCACGAUUUAAAGUCCUUGAGCAGUCUUUGUCAUACCACCAGCAUUUGGACUGUGGAUCUAGCUCAUCUGUUACGUCACUUUGCAGUAAACGUGGCCUUUCUCACUGUCACUAUCGGAGCGAAUCCUAGUUUUGCCGUUGAGACGUUUUACAAGGAAAAUAUGGAAGAAGAUGGAAGAAGAGUAACUAAAUUGUUCGAAAAGGCCGCGCAAGUUGGUAUCCAAAUACAGUUGAGGUCAAUAAGCGGCGAUGAGCUCUGCAUGCUGAUCUUGUCAGGAAGAUAUUUAGCAAUAGCAUUGGUUGACAAGCGCAAGUUGAGUCAUCCAUGGCUUGAUGAAAUUUGUCUCGGAGAUUGCUGUGGGCUGAAUACGGGAUAUACAGGACACUAUGUGGUGAUUUGUGGUUACGACAUUGACACGGAUGAAUUUGAAAUCAGAGAUCCUGCCAGCAGCAGUGGGAGCGGAAGGAUCUCAUUAGAUGCGCUUGAGGAAGCCCGAAAAUCGUUUGGCACAGACGAAGAUAUUCUUUUUAUUUCUCUUGACAACUUUGAAGGAGAGUCAACAUCUUCUAACGAAACUCUUCCAUCGAACGGCUCCAUUAACCCAUUGUAGGAAUUCACACGGGCAAUUUUUGCCCACUAAAUUGAGAUGCAUGCAUAACGAGUCAGGUACAUAAUUUUAUGAUGUGUCAUCCAGAGUUUCUGUGUCACUGCUUCCUCGUGAUUGUUAUUGAUAGCUUGACAUUGUACAUUAUAAGAGUACUCCUAGAACUUCGUUAGUCUAAGCUUAGCGCACAUAUGCUUCCACAUCGCAGCAUGACUAAUCGGAAAGGGUGUGUUCAAGCGGACAGGCAGACGUGUGCAGAGUUUGUUGUGAGAUUAUUAUUAUCGAUUCACUUUAGUGAGUCUCCUUGUGCGAUUUUAAUCACGAGGUUUGAAAUCAGUAUUGAAGACUGCGAUGACCAGGAAAAGGUAGCGGAACAUACUGACUUUUGGUCCUUGGCAAUCAAGAUGCUAGGUUGUAAAUGGUGUGAUUAAAUUAAGUAGUCUUUGGAAUCUUCACCUGUUUAAAGAUUAUUUCCUUCAAACCUAUAUAAUAGUUGACACGGUAGUAUUCUACGUGAU